CAUUCUUACCGUUCAGAUUGCAAGCGUCCUCCGGCCCAGCCUUGGCCUGCCGGGAUGCGCUGGUGCGGCAGAUGUGUGCCGCUGGUGCUGGUGCUGGUGCUGGUGGUGCCGUCCCUGGCUGCGGCUUCACGCAACACCACCGACUGCGGCACCAGGCGGCAGUUGGUGCAGCCCGGCCGUCCGGUGGUGAUUACUUCUCCCGGCUACCCGGCCGAUCACGCACGCCGACAGCGUUGCUCGUGGCGGCUGCAGCCGUCCCGACCCAGUGACGUCAUCCGGCUGGUGUGCACGGACGUGGACCUGGCCGGAUUUCGGCUCGGUGUGCGUGUGGGGGAUUAUCUGCGCGUGCGCACCUCGGGCCGGAGCCGGCUGAUCCAGUACAGAGACCUACUGCACUGCGCUGACGUGCCGCUCACAAUACAGGGUAAGCCGGGCGAACCGGUGUAUAUUCAGUUCUCCUCCGAUGGCCUGUUCCAGAGACGAGGCUUCAGCUGCCAGGCGUCUGUCUCGCAGCGCGGGGGCGGCGAUCGCACCAUCUGCUGUAGAGAGUGCGGCAUAUCAUUCAUCUCGGAGUCGGCUAAGAACGUGACGCGGUGGACCACCGAGCCUCCCGCCGUUCUGAGUUCACCAGCACCAGUCAGCUCCGAGCUCUCGACAGCCCGAAUCAGUACACCUGGCUCCGACCGCCCCACCGGCCGACCUGCGGUCACGCCGUCCACACCACCUGUCCACACGGCCCACCUGUCCACCUGGUACCACGUGACCGACGCCCACCCCAUCGGCCGCUCUCCAUCGGACCCACUCGGUCCGUCCGCGGCCGGAUCUGAGCAGGGGACGUCUCAGAGCCGGUCCGUGCCGCGGCUGCGGCAGCGGGGGAGGGCCGGCCGGCAGCAGCAGCGACCGGCGCGACUGCCGGCGCGAGCGGCCGACCUCCGGGUGGUCGGAGGAGAGGAGGUGGCACCCGGAGCCUACCCGUGGGCCGCCUUCCUGGUGCUCACCGUCCAGGGCCAGGCAGGGUUCAUCUGCGGGGCGACCGUCAUCAGUCGCAGCUACCUGGUGACCGCCGCCCACUGCGUGUACCGCGCCGACGCCGCCACAGUUCUGCUGGGGUACACCUCGCUCCGGGCACCCGGCCCGCACAGCGUCCAGGUGCCGGCUGCGGAGGCGGUGGUGCACCCCGGCUGGUCGGCCAGGUUUGUGACACACGACAUCGCGCUGCUCCGACUGCAGCGGCCCAUUGAAUACAGCGAGGCCGUCCGACCCAUCUGCCUGCCCACCCGACAGCAGGUCAAACGAUACACGUUCAUUUGGGGAUUAUGGACACAUCGAGAUCAUGCAGAAUAUACUUCUGUGGCGGAGACGUUUGCCGGCGAGCUGGGCACAGUUCUGGGCUGGGGCGGGGGCGGCGCCACGGACGGCGACUCCAAGGGUCGUCUGAGGGCGGCUCAGGUACCCCUGAUGGCCAACUGUCGCUGCCAGCUGGUCUGGCCGGUGGUGGUGACGCCGCUGAAAAUGUGCGCCAGCGGCCGACUGGGUACCUCCUCCUGCGGGGGCGACUCUGGCGGCGCGCUGCAGGUGACCUCGGGUCAAGGUCACGCCGUGCUGGUGGGCGUGGUCAGCUGGGGGUCAGCGUUCGGCUGUGACCGGGGCCGACCGAGCGGCUACACACGCGUGACGCCCUACCUCGACUGGAUCGAGGCGCAGUCCGGAGUCGCCAUACAGCCGUACUGAGUCUCAGGCAAGAGUCGACUCUUCAGGACUAUAGAGAGCAGUCGGGAGUCGCCAUACAGCCAUACUGAGCUUCACGCGAGUCGACUCUCCUGAACUAUAGAGAGCAGUCCGGAGUCGCCAUACAGCCGUGCUGAGUCUCAGGCAAGAGUCGACUCUCCAGGACUAUAGAGAGCAGUCCGGAGUCGCCGUGCAGCCGUACUAAGUUCAAGUUAACGCACCGCAAACUGACUCUACAGGACUACAGAGAGCAAUCUGCAUACAGUCGUACUCAGUUUCGCGCUUCGAGUCCUGGAACACAGGUCUGUCGGCCAUCAGAGAAUCAUCUAGGGGCGUGGCUCGGGAGCGCAGGACCUGGGAAAACAGUAAUGUCUACCAAUUCCCAGUUCUGACCAGACUGUAGGGCCAGCGAAGGAGCAGCGAAGAAGCUGCAUUGCCCCAAUGUCAGUUACCUAC